GCGGUAUUCAAGAGUUUUGCAAUUCUUAUCAACAUUUAUGUGUGGGAUCACCAGACAAAUCUCAACCUACAAGUAAUGAAUCGAAAAUCAGUCCCAUUGAAAAUUUAGUUCAUAAUGAUUCGAAAAAUAAGUUCGCUCAUUCUUUGAAUAUUUCACUUACAAAAACCAAGUGUAGAAAACUAGAAUUCAAAUGUUCGCCAAUAUUGUUACCGGGUUUAGGCUUGUCUGUAGAAAAUAUAGAACACAAGCCGAUUCGAUUAGACAAGUCAGUGAAACAGUCAAAUAAUUUAGAUUCAACAACAGUUAUUCAUUGCAGCUCAAGUACAAAUCCUACUUCAAAACAGUGGAAUCUGGAAGAAUUAUGUUUAAAUGACAAUGAUCCUGGUGAUCCAAAAGAUAUAUUCCGUGCUGAAAUCAGUCGAAUAUUCCCUUUCCUAUAUCUAG